AUGGCCAGAAACAAAAGAGAACUCUCAUGGGGUUCUUCUAACUACGUCCUCAACUUGAAGAAGAAACAUCAGCGGUUAAUCCAGAACCACAGCGGCAAGUUCAAACGAAUUGAGGAUACGGAACCAAGACACCUCCAAGUUCUGUCACAGAAUAUCCAUGCAGAGAUCACAGACUUACCACAACAGCCGCCAUUACAUAAACCUGGACCUGAACCUGAUAAUGGAACUAUGGCAGAUAGAAUAAGAGGUGGACGAAGUAAUGAAGCACACUUAGCAGAAAGAGCGUUAGAAGAAAUUAGACGUGAUGGUGCUUUUGAUAAUGAUCCCGACUUUGCACACAUCAUUGGGCAUGCCACCAAAGGUUUUAAUAAGAAUGAUGAUCCGGUUUAUGAUCAACAACAACAACAACAGCGGAAAUCACAGACACCGCGGAACUCGGUUUAUAAUCCAGGUGGACUUGAAUAG